AUGGCCAUGUGGUUGCGGCGAUUCGUGUCGAGCGACGAGUGGCAGGACGCCGCAGCCGCGGGCAUCACGCUCGCCAUCUGCCUCGGCUGGCUGCUCUCCGUCCAAUCUCUCGUCGCGCUCCGUCUGAUCUCCGUCUAUCUCAGCCGUAAACUCAUCCACAUCUUCACCGGUCCCAUCUUCAUGCUGACGUGGAACCUCUUCUCCAAUCAGCCCUACGCGCGCCUCGCCGCUGCCGUCGUCCCGCUCUUAAUCACCCUCCACUUCACACUCGUCGGUCUAGGCAUGGUUAAGGAUCAGUCAGCUAUUAACUCCGUCACGCGGCGCGGCGAUCGCAGGGAAAUGCUGCGCGGGCCCGUGAUGUAUGGGCUGUGUUUCGUCGCCUUCACUGUGCUCUUCUGGCGCCACUCCCCCUCCGCCUUUCUCGCGCUCAACGCGCUCUGCGCGGGAGACGGAUUUGCGGAACUCGCGGGUCGGCGGUUCGGGAACGCGCCUUCGCAGAAACUUCCGUGGUCCGGAGUCAAGAGCUGGCCUGGCAGCGCGGCGAUGCUUCUCUGCAGCUUCGGGUUUGGGUUCGGAUCGCUGCUGCUCUUUGAUUCGUUCGGCAACUUCGCCCCGCGCCAUGUCCACGUGGCAACAGCAGCGCCUGCCACGUUGGCGAUAGCGGCAGGUGCGGCAGCAGUGGAAGCGGUUGCGCCUGGCGAUUGGGACAACGUGCUUGUGUGUGUGGUCGUGGCUGUAGCGGGGGAGUUGGCAAUGCCUCUGCUUGUGAGGCAAGCAGCAUGGCAGCUCAAUGCGCCCGCUGCGCCUGCCAUCGUGUCGUCCCUGCCAGUCGCGUCCUGUCCCGUCGUGUCGCCCCCCGCUGCGUCGCGCCGCGUCGUCCUGUCGCAAGCGCUCCGUGUGCCCUGCGCGUCCGUCGCGCCCCCCCCCCCUGUGCCCUGCCCGUCCGUCGCGCCCCGUGCGCCCGUUCCGUCCCGCGCGUCCCGUCCUGCCCCGCGCGUCCCGUUCCGUCCCGCGCGUCAUGUGCGUCCCGCGCGUCCCGUCCUGUCCCGCGCGUCCCGCUCGUCCCGUGCAUCCCGUCCUUAG